CUAGUUGUCAGAUAUACGCGAGACGAGAAGCUCCGUUUCGAAACCCUAGAGAUCGUGAAGCUCGUAUCCCUUUUUCGUGGAUCUCCGGUGACGGUCCCGGAAGUUGUAUAAAAUCAUGUACAGAGAGAGAGGAGCGGUUGGAUCGAAGUCGGAGGUGGUGGAUCGGAAACGCAUAAACGAGGUUCACGAUAAUAAUCGAGCCAAUGGAAAGGGCAAGGCAGCAUCGAACUCCGUCAUGAUAGGGAAGCAGUUGCACGACCAGAGAGAUUCACGUUCUGAGUCUCUCUCCAAGACCACCAUCUCCGACGCUGUGGAUAUAUCAGAGACAGACAGCGAGGAAUCAGAGGUGAGUGGGUCUGAAGGGGAGGACACGUCAUGGAUAUCAUGGUUUUGCAACCUCCGUGGGAACGAGUUCUUCUGCGAGGUUGAUGAUGAUUACAUCCAGGAUGACUUUAACUUGUGUGGUCUCAGCCAUCAAGUUCCUUAUUACGACUAUGCCCUUGAUUUGAUUUUGGAUGUUGACUCUUCUCAUGGUGAGAUGUUUACAGAGGAACAGAAUGAGUUGAUCGAGUCAGCUGCAGAGAUGUUGUAUGGAAUGAUUCAUGCUCGUUACAUUUUGACCACCAAAGGCCUUGCUUCUAUGUUGGACAAAUACAAAAAUUAUGACUUUGGAAGAUGCCCAAGAGUAUAUUGUUGUGGGCAGCCUUGUUUACCGGUUGGGCAAUCUGAUAUCCCUCGAGCAAGCACUGUAAAGAUAUAUUGCCCCAAAUGUGAAGACGUCUAUUAUCCACGAUCAAAAUACCAAGGAAACAUAGAUGGAGCAUACUUUGGGACAACGUUUCCACAUCUGUUCCUGAUGACUUACGGACAUCUGAAACCGCAAAAGGCAUCACAAAGCUAUGUGCCAAGAGUGUUUGGGUUUAAGUUACACAAGCCGUGAUGGAGCAGGGACAAAGAGCAUCAUGCGUUUUGAGAAAGCAGGAGAGACUUGUGUAAACAACAAAGGAAAAGCAUAUUUGUAUCAGGAAGCUGGAAACUAGUCUGUCUCUGUAUUGUUUUUGUGUGGUCCUUACUAGGUUUAGACUACUACAUUAGCUGCAAGUAAAAUCCCACAUUAACAAUUGUAAUACAUUACCCUUUUUUCUUCUCUUUGGUUUUACCUCAGUUUACAUUCAGUUUUUGCUUUGUAUCAAAACCUAUCAAUUUCAGAUUUUAGUGAGACAUUCAUGUUUGUUUGCG